AUGGCCUUCUUGACACGAAGUUAUUUCACCCACGUGGAAUCAGGAAAUCAAACACAUGCAUCAUAAUUUCUCCUCUUGGGAUUUUCAGAAAAGUCAGAGAUUCAGUUUAUUAUUUUUGGGCUGUUCCUGGCCAUGUACCUGGUCACAUUCGCCGGGAACCUGCUCAUCAUCCUGGCCAUCAGCUCCGACCCCCACCUGCACACGCCCAUGUACUUCUUCCUCUCCAACCUGUCCUUUGCCGACAUCGGCUUCACCUCCACCACCGUCCCCAAGAUGCUGCUGAACAUCCAGACGCAGAACAAAAUCAUAACAUAUAGAGGUUGCCUCAGCCAGAUUUUUUUUUUCAUUGUGUUUGGGUGUCUGGACAAUCUCCUCCUGACCGUGAUGGCCUACGACCGGUUUGUGGCCAUCUGCCACCCCCUGCACUACAUGGUCAUCAUGAACCCCCGCCUCUGUGGACGGCUGGCCCUGGGGUCCUGGUGCCUGAGUGUCCUCGGCUCCCUUCUUGAGACCUUGACUGUUCUGAGGCUUUCGUUUGGCACCGAUGUGGAAAUCCCACAUUUUUUCUGUGAUCUUCCUGAGGUCCUGAAGCUGGCCUGUUCGGACACCCUCAUCAAUAACAUAGUGGUAUAUUUCACAACUGGCCUUCUGGCUGUCAUUCCUUUCAAUGGGAUACUUUUCUCGUACUAUAAAAUUGUUUGCUCCAUUCUGAGGAUCUCCUCAGCUGGAGGCAAGUACAAAGCCUUUUCCACCUGCGGCUCUCACCUCCUGGUGGUGUCCUUGUUCUAUGGCACAGGCCUGGGGGUCUACCUCAGUUCUGCGGCCACUUCGUCCUCCAGGUCAAGUCUAGUGGCCUCAGUGAUGUACACGGUGGUCACCCCCAUGCUGAACCCCUUCAUCUAUAGUCUGAGGAACAAGGAUAUAAAGGGGGCUCUGGGAAGACUCCUUGGCAAGCUGCUGCAGUCACAUCACAGUAAAAACAAAAAAGAAAUUCCCAUUUGCUUUUGCAAAAGUGCCAUGAAAACAAGGAGUGUGGUGUCUAAGGUUUUAUAUAAAGGAACUCAGUUCUCUGCUUAA